CGACUGCGGCUGAUGUACGGAAAUGUUGUACCUUGAACUAUUACAGUAACAAUAGCUCUUGCCCCCAUUUCUCUAUCCAUUGAGACAGAAUUAUUGGAAUACCGACGGCUGGAAGCGAAAGAGAAGUUGUACACAUAAAAAAAACUGGUUUUAUUUGGUGUAUCUUCGGCUUUGCUGUCCUGAUGAGACCAAUGUAUACGUAAACGCUCGUUUCAUUGCAUACUACCCGUUAUUAGUGUUCGUAUGCAUACUCACAGAUACGUAGCAUACGUGGCAUAUUUACAGUAUCUAAGGAAGAAUGGAAUCUCUACCGUGGCCGAAAGGACAGAAACUAGUUCACCUGGAUCUGAAAGGUGCCCCUCCAAGAGUGGAAUACCUCCAUAAGCUGAUCGACCUGUUCUCUCAGCUGGGUGUGAAUGGCCUGCUGGUGGAAUAUGAGGACAUGUUUCCUUAUGAGGGAGAGUUAAAGCUGCUGCAGGCCACAACACAUUCUAGUUACAGUCGAGAGGAAGUUUUGUCCCUGCAGGAAGCUGCAAAAUCUAAGGGCAUGGAGGUCAUCCCACUCAUACAGACGUUUGGUCACAUGGAGUUUGUACUGAAGCACCGGACCAUGUGUCACCUGAGAGAGGUGGCUCAUUGUGUGGGCACCCUAAACCCACACAAAGAGGAUGGGGUGAAGCUGGUGAUGGAGAUGUUGCGACAAGUAGUGGAGCUUCAUCCAGAUCUACAUACAUUGCACAUUGGUGCAGAUGAGGUGUACAUGCUUGGUGAAGGGGAAGAGUCAAAAUUGUGGUUGGCUUCACCUGGACAAACAGUGGAGCAACUCUUUCUGAUUCAUGUGGCCAAAGUGGCUAAGGCUAUCAAGGAGGCUUGGCCACAAAUGCACAUCAUAAUGUGGGAUGAUAUGAUGAGAGGGAUGAGUCAGGACACACUAAAUGAUAGUGGUUUAAUAAGACUGGUUGAACCCAUGUUGUGGGACUACACUCCUAAUCUUGAUGUGGAAAAAACAGUGUCUCUGCUGGAGAAAUACUGCAGCGCUGGUAUGGUGGACGUGUGGGCAGCUAGCUCAUUUAAAGGCUCCACCAGUGUUCACACUUGUGUUCCAAACACACACAGACAUGUUGAGAAUCACAGACAGUGGCUAAAGGUGGCAGCAUCUGUCUCUGCUACAGUCAAACUGAAAGGUAUCGCACUCACUGGCUGGCAAAGGUACGACCAUCUGUCAGUGCUGUGUGAGCUGAUACCGGUGGCUUUGCCAUCACUUGUGACUUGUCUCCAGCUGCUCACAGAUGGACAGUUCAAUGCUGAUACUCAGAGAAAAGUAACUGAAAAGCUGGGUAUUUCUUCUGUAGAGGUGGAGAACAUGGAGAGAGUGUCUGCAGGAGAAUUUCUGUUUCCAGGAAGGACUCUGGCUCACUUAAUUGUGGAUCUCAAUUCGUUUCUUAACUCAGAGGAUGUACGAUACUUUGAAAAGAACAUGUUUGUAAGAGGCUGGUUCAGUCCUUACCACCAACACAGGAAGAUGGUUUCCCCGCUUAUCACCAUGCAGAUUCACAGACAAGCAUCAACGUAUCUAACUGUUCUGCAGCAGAAGGUGGAGGCGGUUAGAGAGGAGAUGGUGCAUUUCUACCCAGAUUCCACAGUGCAAGAGUGGUUUGAGGAGCAUGUGAGCCCAGUGCUCAUUCCUCUGCAGCGGAUUAGAGAUGACAUCACAGUGUGCCUGACAGGGAUGGAGUCUGGACACUAAUUCACUAUAAACAGAUUUUUUCCAUUUAGUCAAAUACUAGCCUUUUCACUUCUGCUGCAAUAGGCAGGUUUGGCUGAAAACCCAUCAUUUGAUUGAGGAACUGAUCACUGUAAGAGGUAUUAUGAGAAAAACUGAACCUAGUUUUAGUUUUGGACUCCCAAAGUGAACCUCUGGAUUACAAAAAGUUUCAGAUUCUUCCAGGGUUUGUGAUGGCCUCUCUCCAACAUUUGUGUCUGUAGCUCUGAUACACAGUGGUGUUUCCUUACUGUUUUCCAUCUAACAUAGCAUCUUCCUCUGUUUUUUGUAUUUAUUUGUGAAUAUUUCAAAGCUGGUUUCCAUCCAAAUGUAUCAUGCAACUAUAUUUUCAGAAGAUUAAAGCAAAAUAAAACCCAAAUUUGUGCAAUUCUCUAUCCA